AUGAAUUCCAACGAACCUCUCCUCUUAAACUACAUUGACGAAACAGCAGCACAGAAUCCCACCAAGAUCGCCUUUCAACAGGUCAUUUCCAUCGAGCCAAAGCAGGCUGAUAUCCAGAUCAACUACUAUGAUCUGGCCAAUCUGAUUAACAGAACGGCUUGGUGGUUGGAGGAGAAUGGGUUGAGUUGCCCAGAUGCCACGAUUACUUAUAUUGCACCGAGUGAUCUGAGGCAUAUUAUUAUCACCUUGGCAGUAGCGAAGACCGGAGGAAAGGCCCUUCUUUCAUCGCCUAGAAACAGCACGCAGAUCAUCGAGCAUUUGCUUGAGGAAACAGACUGCAGCAGAGUCAUCUACGACAGCAACUUCAAGUCGACUGUAUCUCGACUGCCCAGAGAUGUCCAGGCAGUCCAAAUGCCAGAUCUGAUGGACAUGCUCUACGACAAAACGCCCUCUGAGAACUAUCCAUAUGACAAUUCCAGUAGAAUGCUGGAUAGGUCUUUUUUAAUCCUGCAUACAAGCGGAUCGACAGGAAUGCCCAAACCCAUCAUCAUUCCCCAUUCCUACAUGGCUGCCAUCACCGCACAAGGCAACAUGUCUGCUGAUGAGCAUCUACCCCAGAAAUGUCAACUGGAAAUAAUGACCGAAUGCCAAAAGGUGCAUACAGCGUUUCCUCUCUUCCACAUUGCUGGAAUCGGCCUUGCCUUUCAUCUGAUGUUCUCCGGGUGUACAUUGGUCUUUGGCUGUCCUAAUCAACCACCGAGCUAUCACCAAUUCAAGGCGAUCCUCCAGAUGACAGGAGCGGAUGCUACACUUCUACCCCCAUUGAUUCUGGAUGAAAUGGCAGACGACAUCUCAUUCAUCGAAGAGAAUAUCCCCAAAUUAUGCUACAUCUUCUACGGCGGAGGUUCCGUUAGCCAGAAGGCAGGAAACCGCCUAUCCAAGAAGGUCUGUUUGAUGAACGGGAUAGGCAGUACAGAAUGCGGCUCUAUCGCACAGUUUCCCACUGAUCCUGAACACUGGGAAUACAUUUUCUUUUGCGAAGAGCAAUUCGGCAUCAAGUGGCGUCCAACCGAAACAUCCGACGGAGACUGCGAGAUGGUGAUCUAUCGCGAUGAUCGGAUUGCCAAAUAUCAGGCUGUAUUCAAGGUAUUUCCACAUCUGACAGAAUGGGCGACGAGGGAUAUCUACCGGCAGCAUCCUACGAUCAAGCAUUUGUGGAAGUAUCAAGGACGGACAGAUGAUAUUAUCGUCUUUUCGUCAGGCGAGAAGAUGAGUCCGGUUAUAUUGGAGGGAAGACUUGCUUCAUUAUCGCCAGUCAGGGCGGCGCUGGUGUUGGGGAAUCAACGGCCGUAUCCUAUACUCCUGGUGGAGUUGCAGAGUUCAACUGAUCCUGAUGAUGCUGUGGAGAGUAUCAAGGGAGUGGUGGAUGAGUUUAAUCGAGAAGCAUCGAGAGAUGCGCAGAUCAGUCGACAGGAUAUAAUUUUCACAGCCAAAGAUAAGCCAUUUAGUCGCACUAUAAAGGAAACCGUCCAUCGAAGACAGACUGAACGGUUAUAUGAAGCCGAAAUCGACGAUCUCUACAGCAGACACGAUGGGAAUAUUCCCGUCCAACUCGACAUGAGCAGUCAAGAGACAUUCAAAAGUUCACUGGCUGAACUUGUCUCUUAUUUAACAGCAAAAGAAAUUAAAGUCGAUGAUGACUUUUUCAUGCACGGUUUAGACUCGAGACAAGUUCAGAUCAUGGCUGCUUAUAUUGAGAGAUCGGUGAAGACGGAAGUUCCUGCUGCGCAUGCUGUCUAUAUGCAUCCAACGGCUCAUCGAUUGGCGGCUUUUAUUCUGAAGAGUUUUGAUUUGAAGGAGGACGAGAAUGGAUAUGAUGCUGUGCUGGAAAGACAUGUUCGAUCUCUCCCACAAACAACGAGAGAAUGCAUCGACAGCGAAACAGACCAUCCAUUCUUGGGGCUCCCUGAACAUGAAUAUAAACGAUUAUCAGAAAGCAUCACCAAGAUAAUCCACUGCCAGUGGCCGGUCAACUUUAACUGGCCUCUAUCAUUAUUCGAGCCGAAUAUAAAGGGAGUUGUCAGUUUGAUCAACUUUGCUCAUGAAUCAUAUCACAAUGCGCAUAUCAUCUUCCUCUCGUCGAUUGCGUCAGUCAAGAACUGGGAUCAGCCUACACCCGUACCAGAAGGGCAUGUUUCAUCUGUUGGAUAUGCACAGACUGGAUACGGGCAGAGUAAAUUACUUGCAAGCGAAUUACUCCAUCAAGCAGGACAAUCUGGAAUACAAUCAUUUAUCUGCCGGAUUGGGCAGGUUGCCGGUCCCAUCCAGAAACAAGGCGCCUGGCCUCGACGAGACUGGUUCCCUACUCUACUAUUUGCAUCGAAAGAAAUGAAAUGUCUUCCUGAUUCUCUUGGAUCGGACGUGGACUGGAUACCGGUUGAUAUACUGGCCGAGGUGAUUGGGGAGUUGGUUCAACGGCAUUCACGAUGUGUGGAUGAUCGAUGCUCUUAUUAUCAUUUGGUGAAUCCGCAUACAACUAGAUAUGAGGAUUUACUACCAGUUAUUAUGAAGAGAUUGGAUUGCAGAAUAGUUUCUCUGGAUGAAUGGGUUCGUCUACUGGAGCAGAAAUCAGGCACAGGAGGAGAGUUACUGGGCUUCUACCAGGAACUGGCAAGUGGCAAACCGACCGUCAGACUGAGUGUCAACAAGAUGAACGCAUUGAGGACGAUGGAUGCUGUCACAAAGGAGUGGAUGGAAAUCUGGCUGGAUCAAUGGGGACUGUAG